GUUCGUCAUCAAGCAAUCACCUCGUCUUUAAAAUCCUCUCGCUCUGUCAAAAUGCAACCUUUUCCCUCAAGCACUGUUGCUCUUCUUGUCGCUCUUGUGGCAUUGAUUAUGCCCUCCUCUGUGCAAACUGCACCAACCAAGUGCCCUCAUUCUUGUAUAACGAUAUAUGAUCCUGUCUGUGCAAAAUCUACGUUAACUGGAGUCAUGCGAACAUUUGGAAACCCUUGUGAGCUGAACAAGUAUAACUGCAUGCACCCGAACUCCUACGUGUUCGUUUACAAGGGAGUCUGCUUCGAACCUUGAUAACGCUCUGGAGCUUUUUUCCAAG